UCAUAUGAGAGACGUGUGCACGUUUGAAGAGCUUGGCUACUAUUAUGUGUUCUUGCUGCUGCAAGUCCGUCCGUGGAUGUUUCUCACUGUCUGACAAUGAAAAGAGCUUCAUCAAGACCUCAUCAGCUCAAAGAACAGCUCCUUCAGGCCAUCGACGCGCAAAAUAACCAGAUACAGAACAUGAUGGCUGUGCUGGACGUGAUCUGCUGCCUGGAGAGUUUCCCCAUGACCAAAGAGGCUCUAGUGGAAACCAGGCUUGGAAAGUUGAUCAAUGAUGUAAGAAAAAGGAGCACGGAUGAAGAUCUUGUUCAACGUUUAAAAAAUCUUAUACGGCGCUGGCAGACGCUGGUUGGAGCGAAUGAAGUCGCGGCAAAAGAGAUCUCAAGCUUUGCAAUCAAUUCGACUUCUGCUGAAUGCGUUUCUAGAGCGACACAAACCCUUUCUGAAAACUACAGCAGAUCUCUUUUGCACAGUAAUAUGAGUGAGAGGGCUGAAACAUCUCAGGGUUCUGUACCAGAUAAAACCACAAACUAUCCAAACCGUUUCAGGAAGAGUAAAAUACCUGUUCGUGCCAUCAAACCAUAUUCCUCGACCAUCACGCGUUUACAACAAACCGCAAGCUUGAAAACCACUCGGCGUUCCCAAAAUGAACAUAACAUCAGAGAAAGAAACGGCAGCUCUGCCAGUCACAGCGACGCAAAGCACUUUCUGGCGUCCGAAGCGGCGGCACGACCCAUAUCAUCAUGCGCUGCUUCUGAUCUACCAAAAUCUUCCAUCCCAGAUUCAAACACACAGAUGCAUCAGUCGUCAGACCUCCUCAACAUACUCAGACCCGCCGCACUAAACGAGAACGUCGACGAGGUCUCCAGCACGGUGAGCGAAAGGGCUUUGGAGGAUAAGACGAAGACGAAUCAGCAAAACGGUCACACUGUCAAACUCGACGGAGAGGACGGCACCAAAACGGACAGACUAGCGUAUGACCCUCACGCCCAACAAAUCAAACCUGUAUCAGGCAAAACAUUUAGAAAAGACUCUCAGAGAUCAACAGGAUGUGAAAUCCAGAGCAGCGGGGAUCUGAAACACAGCCUUCGCUUCUUCCUACAGACAAACCGGAGGGAGAUCUCACUGACUGCAGAAAACUCAGGGAUGAGCUCACCUGUGGGUGGUCGUAUAGCAGAAUUCCCUGUGACGGAGCUUCCAGGGGUCAGCCGAGAGGUCAGCGAGCGAGACCUGGUCAGGAUACGCCGUCAGCGAUGGCACGGUGUGAACGGCUGUUACGAUAACCGGAAUAACUGGUACGACUGGACUCAGUCCAUCACCCUGGAUCCGUACGGAGAUGGGAGUAAACUCAAGAUCCUGCCGUAUGUUGGCGUAGAUUACAGGCUUUGAGUUUUCAGAAGUGUGUUCCUUACAUCUCCAAAUGUGGAUUGGAGAUCCUGUGUGUUUCUUUUGAUGUGCUUCUCUACUCCUCAUUGUCCAUUGCGUCAUUAUCAUGUAUGAACACACAAAACCAACAUGUACACUACCAGUCAAAAGUCUGGAAUAAUAAACUCUUUCAUAUUUAUUUUUGGCAUUUUAUGCCUUUUAUUUGGACAGGACAGUAGCCAGGCAGGAAGUGAAGUGGGAGAGAGGGGGGGGGGGGGAGCCGGGACUCGAACUCGGGACGCCCAAAGCGCGACACCGCGAGACUGUCGGCAC